AUUUCUACUCAAACGAAAGGGAAUUGAGUACACUACGUUUCGUCGUCAUCAAAAUGAUUUGGCAAGUUCUAAUAACACUUGUGGUUCUGUCUGCUACUGUCUACUCGGAGUCCCCAUUGACACCAAGCAAAAUUGAGGAAUGCCAAAAAACAUGUGGAGUACCUUUGGAUAUCAGAACUAAUCCAGAUGACACAAAGUGCAAAAAGUGGAACAACUGCGACUAUGAUGACAGAAAAUGUGCAGCGUUCGGAAAUAAUGAGGAAUUGUUUACAUACACGGAUAAUGUGUGUGAAACAAGCGAUAAGAAGUAUGAACAAUUGUCAACAGUAGAAAAAAAAGAAUGUAUAACUGAUUGUGGAGUUCCCAACAAUAUUAUUGCAGAUGCAGAGGCAAACUGUGCUAAAUGGAAGGUAUGUAACAGAGAUAAAAGAAACUGUGCAGCUGACAAUAAGGGAUUUUCUAACAUUGAUUAUAUGUGUGGCGUAAUUCCUCCGCCCACAAUGUUACCAGAUUAUGUUAGUUGGUACAAGGCAAAAUGUGGAAUACCCAGUCAAAUCAUAAGAAACCCCACUGAGAAGGUGUGCGAACAUUGGAAUGUAAGUUGCUGACGUAAAAAUCAAGCACCGUUUUCCCAAUGUUUUUGAAGCGAUGAGACAGUACAAAAACUUGUAAACUAACUGGAACUUGUAGUGAACAAAAAAUCAGAUUUAUUGUUGUUUCAACUCUAAAAAUCGCCCAAGAUGCACGAAAUGCCUAUUCAGGCAACUUUGUGGGUUUACAUUUUGGUUAAAGACACUCAGGAAAAUAUAGAUAAUUUGAAACAUUUUCAGGAGUGUUCAAACGACGAGAAAAAAACUGCCGCAACAGGAGACAAUGAAUUAUCAGACGCUAACGAUGCGUGUAGAAAAUAAAUUUUGCUACUCGUAAAUUGUUUCUUUACUUGCUGUGUUUUGCAUUUUAUCAAUAAACG